AUGUCUGCUGCAUCCCUGAAGAUGUUUGGACCAGUUUCCUAUGCUGACCUAGAUGCUGAUCCAGCACUGGGUGAAGAGGAGAUGCGUGAGGAAGACUGGGCCUCAGGCUGGGGGCAUGGACGCCAAUCACGGCCUUACUCUGUGCGGCGAGCGAGCGGCGCCGAGCCAGAAGAUCUCCUUCCCGACGUCCUCCUUGUGCACGACUCCUACAGGGACUCGGACCUGCACGUGACCUGCUUCUCCCAGGACCCCGACUUCGCCUUGGAGAAAAACCUUGUCAAGUGGGACUACAGCAAGAACAUGGGACACAAGAAAGCGGACAUCCAGAAGCGAAGGGCGGUCUUCACCUUCGACGACGGGACUCAACUACCACGCCCUCAUAUGCAAGGGAGCGCCCGCGAACUGACGUUUUAGCUGUGGUCCAAUUCCGGCAAGGCG